UCCAAAUCUUAGACAUAUCGAAAUAUCACAAGCAACUAACCUUCUCAGAAAGUGAAAGGAAACAAGCACUAGUCAACCUAAACAUGCAUUUUCAGGCAGCCAUCGGAUUUUGCUUGUUUGCAGUUAUUUAUGCCAGCCAUUACCACCAGGAGCAUUAUGAGCACCAUGCACCACAGCCCUAUAAGUUCGGUUACGAAGUGAAAGAUCAUGAGGGUUCCCAAUACAGGCAUGAGGUCGGUGAUGGCCAUGGAGGAGUGAAAGGCAGUUACGGUUAUGUUGACCAUAAAGGAAUCCAUCGUGAAGUACACUACGUCGCCGACAAAGGUGGGUUCCGUGCUGAAAUCAAAACCAACGAACCCGGAACAGCCAAUGAAGAUCCAGCUCAUGUCAAAAUCCAUUCUCAAGCCUCUCAUCAUCACCAUCACGAACCUCAUCAUAAUCAUCAUGGUGGUUAUCAUGGUGGUCAUCACUUUUAAAUCGGAAGCUAAUGAAUGACGAAGUUUAAGCACUUUGAAACACUUCGACCUAAAAGAGAUUUUGCUCUUUGUUAAUUAUAAAUAUAUUAAACCAUAAAAUUAUUAUGUUACAAAAGUGUCCAUUCAUAGGUUUGUUACUGAAGACUUCUUCUGAUUCUUCACUUUUCUUCUAUUUCUUUUUGUCUAAAGGUAAUAUUUUCUAACCCUUUUGCUCUAGUUUUUUCAGAUUUAUUGCUUUUAUUCACCAUUCUUCGCUCCUACUUCUCCCUUUACAUACGAGUUUCAUCUUAAUUGUGUGUUUAAUUAAUAUCUUUUUUGUUUUUGUCUUUCUUUCUCUUUUACUUUUGUCUUUCUUUUUCUUUUACUUUUGUCUUUCUUUUUCUUUUACUUUUGUCUUUCUUUUCUUUUACUUUUGUCUUUCUUUCUCUUUUACUUUUUUCUUUCUUUUUCUUUUACUUUUGUUUUUCUUUCUCUUUCGUUGCCUUCAGACUUCUAAUAUUUUAACUGCCGUUUUCCUUGCUUUCCAUACUCCCGUUUCCUUGAUUUUCAUACUCAAGAAAACUUCUACACUAUUUUUAUCAUACUCAAUGUCUUUUUUUCUCUUUGGUUGCCUUCAGACUUUUAAUAUUUUACUGCCAUUUUCCUUGAUUUCCAAACUAACGUUUCAGUAACGUUUUCUUUCGUAAGUUCACUUUUUCUUGAUUUCCAUACUCAAGUAAAACUUUUACACUGGUAUAUCAUACAUACUGAAGUCUUCCUUUUCGUAUGAAACCACUUGAUUACAAUUUAUUAAAAAAAUACAUUACUACAAUUUUGUAGAAAUGAGCACAAUUUCUUCCAAAAUGGUUUUGACAUUGUUUACGCAGUUUAAAAGCCCAUAUUAUAAAACCUUAAAAGUUGAAAUAUUUUUUCACAGGUUUAAUGAAUAGAUACUGUUAUUCUAAAAGCUUAUAUUUAUUAUAGAAAAUGUAUUCUACAUAAGUGCUUUACUUCGUCAGUAAGACGCUUCCGCACAUUUAAUUUGUGUCAAACUGGGCUAGUCACACAAAUUUGGUAUGUAAGGGCACGAAAUGCUUCUAAAAAACCUUGGUAUUUACUCAACGGGUAUUGAUGGUGAUACUUUUGGUUGGACAAGCUCACAUAUACAUUUUUUUUCUUUCUCCAAACCAAUUUGCUGCUAAUAAAAAUUAUUUUAUAAAAACCUA